AUGAAGGUCUACACUGAUAUUUUCUCUGGAGAAGAAAUCGUCUCCGACUCUUUCAAGUUCACUUACAUCCACGAAAACGUUGGUGUCGAAAUUAAGUCUACCUACAUCACCAAGAACGAAGCUGAUAUCGAUAUUGGUUGCGGUAACGCUUUCGGUGGUUCUGGUGAAGAAGAAGGAAAGGCUGAUGCUGAAAAGAUUUUGGACGUUAUCGAUGCCUUCAAAUAUCAAGAAACCUCUUUCGGUAAGAAGGAUUACACUACUUAUAUUAAGGGAUACAUGAAGAAGGUUAAAUAACACUUAGAAGAAAAGAACCCCGACAGAGUUGCAGGAUUCAUGAAGGGUGCUGGUGAAAUGGUUAAAUGGAUCUUAGAAAACUUCGAAGAAUUCACUUUCUACACCCCCGAAUCUUAUGACACUGAAAACGCUAUCAUCCUCUCUUACUACAAGGGUGAAGAUGCUACCCCCACCUUCGUCUUCUUCAUUGACGGUCUUAAGGGCAUGCUCGUUUGA